UCUCCUUCAUUCCGGUGUGACCCACGCACACAGUGCUGUUGCUCCACAAGGGGGGGCUGCAGGAUAUAUGCUUUAGUGCCCAACUGCCUGCCUUCAAACACUGAAUCCAGUUUGUGUGGACAGAGCGGGCGAGGAGAGGAAGAUUCCCAUAGCCUCGACACGCACCGAGAGAACACCCGACCCGAGCCUGGGCUACACUCACCGCACACCUCCCUGGAGCCUUCACACACCACUUAAGGACUUUGUAUCCGGAAAACUGGACAACCAUUACAACUUGCGGGCUGGAUUAAAUAAUAAACAUUUGGGAGGCAGAAUAACAUCAUCAGAAGUGACAGAACAGACACACAUUAACAGGAUCCCCUGUGAAUUUAUGGAUGCUUGUUGCUUUUUACGUUCCUAUGAGCACUUCUUUUCCACUGGAGCACGCAUACCUUCUUUUUUGCAAUUUUUCCGGCAGUUAUAUUGCCUGUUGAAAGAAUGAAUCCACCGAACUUAUUCUAAACAAGUUGGAGGAAUAGUCGAAGGUUUUUUAUGUGCAGACAAACAAAUGGGACAUGCCAACUUUUUGGAGAUCUCUCUGAGGGCGUCUGGCAUCAUGGACAGCAAACUGGAUCAUUGAGCCAAACUUCUCUCUCAUCCUGAGCUGUUGGUUCAGAUGGUUCUGCAAACAUCAGAGAAUACUGGUAGUUAACAAAACGAGGCUAUUGAUCUUACAUUAACAAGAAAAGGUGAUCAAUAAGAGUUAUCUUCAGCCUCCCUCUUUUCUGUACACUGUUCAGCCAUGAUAUCAAAAUUCUUACGGAAUUGUUCAUUGCUGGUCCUGCUUUUCCCUCUUCUCCAACUGUUGUGGCUGGACAUGCUCAAUGCUGCCCCCUCUGGUCCGGAGUCUGACAUCUGCUCCACACUUGUCCAGAGCCGUUUUUUUGGAUUUUUCCUCUCGUCCUCUGUAUUUCCCGGCACACCCUGCUCCUGGACCCUGCAGAACCCCGACCCACGGCGCUACACCAUUUUCAUCAAGGUCACAAAACCGACCAGAGACUGCAUUCCCCGACAGCACCGGACCUUCCAGUUUGACUCUUUCUUGGAGACGACACGAACCUUUCUCGGGAUGGAGAGCUUCGACGAGGUGGUGAAGCUAUGUGAUACCUCUACCCAAGUUGCCUUCCUGGAAGCUGGAAAACAAUUCCUACAGAUCCGGAAAGGGCUGCCCAGAGUGGGUGCUGGGUCCAGGAAUGGUGAUGGGGAAUUUAAGGUGGAGUAUCUCGUGGUUGGAAAGCGUAACCCCAGCAUGGCUGCCUGUCAAAUGCUGUGCCAAUGGUUGGAGGACUGCCUGACCUACAGUACCUCCAGUCGGCCCUGUGGCAUAAUGCAGACACCAUUCCAAUGUUGGGACCAGCCACCAUUGGACAAAGACACCAGUGGAUGCUACCAGGAUGGGGUCUACUUGGAGAACUGCAUCCCUGUUGUGAAAGAAGGAACAGCUGACACUACUGGUGGCUGGAGUGGGUGGGGCAACUGGGCGGAGUGCAGCAGUGAAUGUGGAGGCGGAGUCCAGACGCGAACACGCACCUGUCAGUCACCACCUGAGGAUGCUUACAUGUGCGAGGGUGUUCUGGAUGAAGGCCGCCCCUGCAACCCUCAGCCAUGCAUUGGCAGAGGCCGACUUGGCACUCAUAGCCAAUCCCUGCGCUCGGUGGACAGCCGUAAACGAGAGGACUCUGAUAAGACCCGCAGUGGACAGCAGUCAUCCCAAACAGUGGAUCCUCCGUCGGGUGGGGAGUGGUCUGCGUGGAGUGCGUGUUCGACCACGUGCGGUGAGGGCUGGCAGAGUCGCACACGCUUAUGUGUCUCCGUGCCGUACAGCACGCAGUGCAGUGGGCCGCUGCGUGAACAGAGACCCUGCAAUAACACUAUUGUGUGUCCAGCCGCUCUGAUUACAGUACACGGGUCGUGGGAUGAGUGGACUCCAUGGAGCUUGUGUUCUUCAACGUGUGGCCGUGGGUACAGGGACCGUACCCGCUCCUGCAAGCAGCCGCAGUUCGGAGGAAACCCCUGUGACGGUCCAGAGAAACAGACCAAAUUCUGCAACAUUGCUGUAUGCCCAGUGGAUGGCGUGUGGAAUGAAUGGUCCAGCUGGAGUACCUGUUCCUCGUCCUGUUCAAAUGGAACAAUGCAGCGCACUCGGGAGUGUAACGGGCCCUCGUAUGGGGGCCUGGAGUGUCAGGGCGAGUGGCGUCAGACAAGAGACUGCUUCCUCCGAGAGUGUCCUGUGGAUGGCCAAUGGCAACUCUGGAGCUCUUGGGAUGGUUGUACCAAAACAUGUGGUGGAGGAAGCCAGCAAAGACAGAGGGUGUGUUACGGUCCCUUUUUUGGGGGGGAGCAAUGCCCAGGGGACAGAGAGGAAGUUAGACGUUGCAAUGAGAAGAGAUGUCCAGAGCCGCACGAAAUUUGUGACGAGGAGAAUUUCUCUAACGUAGUGUGGAAGAAAACUCCUGCAGGGGACACUGCAGCUGUCCGCUGUCCUCCGAAUGCUGUAGGACUAAUACUUCGGCGAUGUUCGUUGGAUGUUGAGGGCAUUGCAUACUGGGAGAACCCAACAUACAUGAAAUGCAUCUCAAAUGACUACCGUAGUAUCCAAACACUGACCAGAGAUCACCUGUCCAAGGCUCAGCGAGGGCUUGUGGGAGACGGGGUCUCUGAAGUCAUGACCAAGCUGAGGGUAACGUCAAGUGAUGGAACAAGCUACAGCGGAGACCUUCUGGCUAUCAUAGACGUACUGAAAAACAUGACAGAGAUAUUUAGGAGGUCCUACUACAGCCCCAGUAAUGCAGACAUGAGGAAUUUUGUGCAGUCUGUGAGUAACUUACUGAUGGAGGAAAACAGGGAGAGGUGGGGGGAGGCACAACUGCUGGGGCCAAAUGUUAAAGAGCUUUUUCGUCUAGUGGAGGACUUUGUGGACGUCAUCAGUCUCCGCAUGAAAGACUUCCAGGAUACUUAUGAGGUCACCGACAAUCUGGUACUGAGUAUUCACAAGCGGCCUGUCGCAGGAAAUGCAGAUAUCACUUUCCCCAUGAAGGGGUGGAGGGGGAUGGUGGACUGGGCUCGCAACUCUGAGGACAAAGUCAGAGUGGCUAAAAACAUCCUGGUCACUGGGAAACCAGAUAAAGAUGAAGAUGAUACAUCAGCAUUUGUGACUGGCAUUGUACUGUACAGAAACUUGGGCAGUAUUCUCUCUCUACAGAGAAAUAGCACAGUGCUGAACUCCAAGGUGAUCUCUGUGACAAUCAAACCCACUCCCAGCUCCCUCUUAACUCCACUAGAGAUUGAGUUCUCACACCUUUACAAUGGUACCACAAACCAAACCUGCAUUUCCUGGGAUGAGAAUGACAGCUCGUCGUUGCUGGGCUCCUGGUCUGCGCGAGGCUGUAGAGCCGUGCCCGUCGACUCCAGCACAACCAAAUGCUUGUGUGACAGACUCUCCACCUUCGCCAUUUUAGCACGCCUCAAUCCCGAUGUGAACAUGGAUAAGUCCCAGCUUCCAUCUGUGACUCUUAUCGUGGGCUGCGGGGUUUCGUCCCUCACCCUGCUCCUCCUUAUCAUCAUCUAUGUGUCUGUUUGGAGGUACAUCCGCUCAGAACGCUCUGUCAUCCUCAUCAACUUUUGUCUGUCCAUAAUCUCCUCCAAUGCACUCAUACUCAUCGGACAAACUCAGACACGGAACAAGGUUGUUUGUACUCUUGUGGCUGCAUUUCUGCACUUCUUCUUCCUGUCCUCUUUCUGUUGGGUUCUCACGGAGGCAUGGCAGUCUUACAUGGCCGUGACUGGCCGUAUUAGAAACCGCAUCAUACGCAAACGUUUCCUCUGCCUUGGUUGGGGUUUACCUGCUCUCGUUGUAGCAAUUUCUGUUGGAUUCACCAAGGCAAAAGGAUAUGGCACUGUUAACUAUUGCUGGCUGUCUCUGGAAGGCGGAUUGUUGUACGCAUUUGUGGGACCAGCUGCUGCUGUCGUCUUGGUAAACAUGGUUAUCGGGAUUCUGGUUUUUAACAAACUCGUGUCUAAAGAUGGCAUAACUGAUAUGAAACUCAAGGAGAGGGCCGGUCAGAUGACAGUGCCACUGUACAAUAUGACGCUCAAAUGUGCCAAGUGCGGAGUUAUCUCGUCGGCUGACGUUUCCACCACAGCCACCAGUAACGCCAUGGCGUCGCUGUGGAGCUCCUGCGUUGUACUGCCACUGCUGGCUCUCACUUGGAUGUCGGCAGUCCUGGCCAUUACUGACCGCCGUUCAGCCUUGUUUCAGAUCCUUUUUGCCGUCUUUGACUCCCUCGAGGGCUUCGUUAUCGUGAUGGUGCAUUGCAUCCUACGCAGAGAGGUACAAGAGGCAGUAAAGUGUCGUGUUGUUGACCGUCAAGAAGAUGGAAACGGUGACUCCGGUGGAUCUUUCCAGAAUGGCCAUGCUCAGCUGAUGACCGACUUUGAAAAGGAUGUGGACAUCGCUUGCCGGUCAGGCACCCUAAAGCGUUCCUCCAAACAAGGUGACGAGAAGGUAGCUUCACAGCAGAUCACAGUACAGAAAGGCUCCAACUUCAACACCCUUCCGGCCAGCAUGGCAAAGGUCCACCUGCAAAACGUUGCUGACUACGCCAGCCACACUCUCACCAUGCGUCGCGACAAAGGCGGCAUUGCCGGGGUCAGUACAGAGCUACCCGGAGCCAAAUCAAUUUACAUCUGUGAUGGCGAACUCUUCAAACAACUGGAUGGAACCCCAGGAGACGGCAUCGGUCCAGAAGGAGGAGGAGGAGGAGAAGGAGGGUCGGGCCAGGGUUACGUGCUCUUGCCCAACAACAACAACACCCUUAGGCCCACAAAGGGCAACAAGGAGGACCAAGCUGCAAAGUACAACAUCAGCAUCGAACAGCUACCCCAGACCAGGCUCAUCCACCUUGCCAACCCUGCUGGCACCAAUCCUGUGCCAGGCUUCGGGUUGAAGAGCCUGCCCACCGACCGAGUCAGCGUUUCCUGCUCAGAGAGGGACUCCCCGGUGCAGACAGUGCAGAACAUCUCCGGCGAGACCCAGAUGACAAACACAUGUGAGCAAGGGGACUCUGGGAACUCCGGCCUGAUGUCUAAGAGUGAGACCAUCUCAACACUCUCGAUGAGCUCUUUGGAGAGACGAAAAUCACGCUAUGCAGAGCUGGAUUUUGAGAAGAUUAUGCAUACACGGAAGCGCCACCAGGACAUGUUCCAAGACUUAAACAGGAAACUGCAGCAUGCAGAGAAGGACAGGGAUUCACCCCCAGUGGAUGGGAAGACUGGGAAGAGAUGGAGCGUGUCAUCAGGAGGCAGCGAUAAAACCAAUCUUAGUGACAAGCAGCAGACCCCCAGUAAACGGGCAUGGGAGGGCAUCAGGAAGACCCACUCGCCACCAUCAUGGGUGCGUAAGGAGCUGGAGCCUCUCCAGGCCUCUCCUCUUGAGAUGCAAGCGGUGGAGUGGGAGAAGGCCAGCGCCACCAUCCCUCUGGUGGGCCAAGAGAUCAUGGACCUGCAGACGGAGGUCUGAGAGACCCCCAGAGCAUUCAGAGAAGCAGAACAAACUCUACUCGCAGGGAAAAGGGACAAAGAAAGGGAAUGAGAUUGGAGUGAGAGUGCGGACAAACUAAAUGAAAGAAAAAGAGUGCAAGCAACAUGGCUGAGCAAUUUUAUUUUAUUUUUUUAAUCCUGGAAUGGCCUUUUCCUUAAUGUCAAAGCGAAUCAUAACACUUUCGAAAAUCCAGGACUGAGCCUGUUGCUAUGGCAAUGAGCUGGCACUACCAAGAUGGGCUGAACUGGGCAAGUUGAGUGCUGACCUGGGAUGUUGCCAUGGGAACAUUGGGAGUGGCUGACUGAAGGGAAGGACUGGAAUUCAGACUAAGGGCAGUUGAGCCUUAGUGAGUGGCCUUCAAUAUCUUACACCUCUGGAUACACACACACACACACACACAUAUUUGUGAUCAUGUCCCAUGUAUGGAAGAGUGAGAAGUAGCACUACAACAGAAAGCUUUCAAACUGCCUGGUAGGAAUCAGGUGAGCUACACGUCAUUCAAAAUCAAAUUCUUGAAUAUUAUUAGUCUUAUUUUCAUUGUUAUUGAUCAGUGUGACACAUGCAUACUCUUGGGACACUAGAGGCGAUGUGAUUGCCCAAAGCCAUUUGACUGUUAAUCUGUCUCAAACGCCCUUCUGAGCCAGUACAGCCCACAGCUUAGCCACUGUGCUGUCGUCAUGCACCGCACCGGCAUGAGGAUCCUUCAAAAGUCAGUCAACAAUGUGAGAUUCAGCGUGGAAGGGGGUCGGCUGCGACAUGUUUUCGUUCGCUUGAUGUUUCCAUCAGAAUCACUGGAGCUGAGAGACCUGAAACAAACUGCUGAGUUUUAGAAUAUGUGCAGAAUCAUGUUUGCAAGAGAAAACGGACAUGAAUAUAUAU